CGGAAAAAAAAAGACUCGAAACAGAAAACGUGAACCUGAAUCACAAGCUUGGUUUUCUGAGGUUUGUUCUGCAGGACUGGAGGGCUCUGUCAGCUCAGAAGCGACCGAAAUGGCAGAGGCAGACGCCGAGGGAGUCGAAGUGAUCGAACUGAACCGAGGGGAGGCAGGUAAGAGUUUGGGGUUUAACAUCAGGGGAGGUGUGGACAUGCCCCACGUGGAGGGAGACCCCGGAAUCUUCAUCACCAAGAUACGGGAUGGCGGGGCCGCCGCGCUGGACGGGAGGCUACAGGAGGGGGAUAAAGUAUUAGAGAUCAAUGGGACAUGUAUAGAGUCUGUGAACCACCAGGACGCAGUGCGGCUGUUCUUAGAGUCAGGAGACACCGUCAGGUUAAAGGUUCUUCCCGGGGCAGAGAGAGCUAUACUGGAGCGAGAUGGCAGCAUCAUCAGGACAGGGAAGGGUUCCGGCACCUCCCAGGUGCUGUGGUGGCUGGGAGGAGCAGCUGUCACUGUCGUAGCCUUGUACACAUUAUACAGGUUUAGGUUGAGACACUGACAGAGGAACUAGUAACCCUGUAAAUCUGACUGGAUUUAAGAUUGUAUUGGUUUUUACAAGUCAAGUGUUUGCACUAAUAAUAAUAAUAACUGUUCUUGGCUGUAAAUUAGCAGUAGAAAACUCUAAACUACAAUUGACAGACCAAAUCAGUGUAUGUCUCUGUACAUUUCAGUCCAUCUUGAGUUCGUUUGUCUCUUACUAAGUCUCUGAGAUAUUUCAGUACGUGAGACUCAAGUUUGAUGUUGUAAUUAAGAUAAAGUUUAUGGUCGUCGACAAAGCUACUAAGGAGACCUUCACACACUAAACUAAACAGGAUACUAGUACACAACAGCCAAUUGUUAUGUGUCUGCAGUACUUUGUAAAACAGAAUGCAGACCCUUCUGUUGUUUGCACAUGAAAACUGUAUUGAGUAGUUUGAAUGGUUAGACAGAUCACCUGUGUAUGAAUCAUUAAGGAAUCAUGUCAUGUUCCAAUCAGACCCAUUGCGAUUUGCAAACGAUACAUCAUGUAUUCUCUCAGCCCAUUUUUCUCACACAUUCCAGUGUUGAUUAUAGAUGUGAGUUGACUGCUGAUAUAAGUUUUUACAGUGGGACCAAGAUUUCAGAAUGUAAAUGUGCAUGUAUUGUGUAUUUUUAUGGCAAAGUGUAAGACUAGGACCAACAGACAUGUCAGCAUUGCUUCUCCUGUACAAGACUGGCCAGUUUUUUUUAUAGCUCUUUGCUGAAGCUUCGGCGCUCUUGAUAUGCAAGCAGACAUCCCAAUGUUGACUACUCUUCAAAAAAGCUUCUCCCAUCCUAAAUGAACUUAUGCUCUAACCUAGCUUAAUGCAGGGAUCACUGCAGUAAAUUCAGGACUUUUAGACAGAAAGUUUGUGUUAGAUGUAAAAUGAGGAAUACUCGAUUCUACCCUACCAGGCUACUUAAAGCAUCUCUCAUGUAAUACAAGUAUUUAUGAAGUGAACAGUGAAAAUCUGAUUGAUUGCCAAGAUUUCAUGCAUUUGAUGUGUGUUACUCUAGUUGGCCAUGUGAUUUGAAGUAAUGAUGUGUCCAGUUAAAUUUGGUGUGUCUCCUGAUAUAAUGUUAACCCAAAAUAAUUGUUCUAUACAUCCAGGAACAGUCAACUCUGGUCUUGGAUGUAGUUACAGGUCCUCUGGUGAUUUAGGAUGACAGGGUCAGUUAGGUCAAUCUUGAAGUGGCUACCUUUCAGUCACUUAUAACAAGGAGGUUUCAAUUAGUUGUUACUACAUUCAUUAUGACCAUAUCUGUGAAAUGUGGCCCAAUGUAUGUCUAUAAUAGAAAAAG